GCCGGGAUCGCUCUGACCGUCCAUGAGGGGAGGGAAGAGGAGGAGCGCGCGCCAUUUGCAGCCCCUGCUCCAGCCGCGCCGCGCAGGUCCCGCUCCGCAUAAUAAAAUGGCUAAUCAGGUGAAUGGUAAUGCGGUACAGUUAAAAGAAGAGGAAGAACCAAUGGAUACUUCCAGUGUUACUCACACAGAACACUACAAGACACUGAUAGAGGCAGGCCUCCCACAGAAGGUGGCAGAAAGACUUGAUGAAAUAUUUCAGACAGGAUUGGUAUUUUAUGUUGAUCUUGAUGAGAGAGCAAUAGAUGCUCUCAGGGAAUUUAACGAAGAAGGCGCCCUCUCUGUAUUACAGCAGUUUAAGGAAAGUGACCUGUCGCAUGUACAGAACAAAAGUGCAUUUUUAUGUGGAGUUAUGAAGACUUAUAGACAGAGAGAGAAACAAGGAAACAAAGUACAAGAAUCAACAAAAGGGCCAGACGAAUCAAAAAUUAAGGCUUUGUUAGAACGAACUAGUUAUACUUUGGAUGUGACCACAGGACAACGGAAAUAUGGUGGUCCUCCCCCAGAUACUGUCUACUCAGGAUCUCAGCCUGGCAUUGGAACAGAGGUUUUUGUUGGAAAAAUUCCUAGAGAUUUAUACGAAGAUGAAUUGGUGCCACUAUUUGAAAAGGCAGGCCCCAUUUGGGACUUGCGACUCAUGAUGGAUCCACUUUCUGGACAGAACCGAGGCUAUGCUUUUAUCACAUUUUGUACCAAAGAUGCAGCACAGGAAGCUGUUAAGUUGUGUGAUAACUAUGAAAUCCGGCCUGGAAAACACCUUGGUGUAUGCAUCUCAGUGGCAAAUAAUAGGCUAUUUGUUGGAUCAAUUCCAAAAAACAAAACAAAGGAGAAUAUACUAGAAGAAUUCAGCAAAGUCACAGAGGGCUUAGUUGACGUAAUCCUGUAUCAUCAACCUGAUGAUAAAAAGAAGAAUCGGGGGUUCUGCUUCCUUGAAUACGAAGAUCACAAAUCAGCAGCUCAAGCUCGACGCCGGUUGAUGAGUGGGAAAGUGAAAGUCUGGGGAAAUGUUGUGACUGUUGAAUGGGCUGAUCCGGUAGAGGAGCCAGAUCCAGAAGUCAUGGCAAAGGUGAAAGUUCUAUUUGUGAGGAAUUUGGCCACUACAGUGACAGAGGACAUAUUGGAGAAAUCAUUUUCAGAGUUUGGAAAACUGGAAAGAGUGAAGAAAUUAAAAGAUUAUGCUUUUGUUCAUUUUGAAGAUAGGGGAGCAGCAGUUAAGGCCAUGAAUGAAAUGAACGGAAAAGAGAUAGAGGGGGAAGAAAUUGAAAUAGUGUUAGCCAAGCCUCCAGAUAAGAAAAGAAAAGAACGCCAAGCUGCCAGACAAGCCUCUAGAAGCACUGCGUAUGAAGACUAUUAUUACUAUCCUCCACCUCGUAUGCCACCUCCUAUUAGAGGCCGAGGUCGUGGAGGGAGAGGCGGCUAUGGCUAUCCCCCAGAUUACUAUGGCUAUGAAGAUUAUUACGAUGAUUAUUAUGGCUAUGACUAUCAUGACUACCGUGGUGGCUACGAAGAUCCUUACUAUGGCUAUGAUGAUGGCUAUGCUAUAAGAGGAAGAGGAGGAGGAGGAAGGGGUGGGCGAGGUGCACCUCCACCACCUAGGGGGCGGGGAGCACCACCACCAAGAGGUAGAGCUGGCUAUUCCCAGAGGGGGGCGCCCAUGGGACCACCAAGAGGAGCCAGGGGCGGGAGAGGGGGCCCUGCUCAGCAGCAGAGAGGACGUGGUGCUCGUGGAGCCAGGGGCAAUCGUGGGGGCAACGUGGGAGGCAAGAGAAAAGCGGAUGGGUACAACCAGCCUGAUUCCAAGCGCCGUCAGACCAACAACCAGCAGAACUGGGGCUCGCAGCCUAUCGCUCAACAGCCGCUUCAACAAGGUGGAGACUAUGCCGGUAACUAUGGUUACAAUAAUGACAACCAGGAAUUUUAUCAGGAUACAUAUGGGCAGCAGUGGAAGUAAGACCAAUAAAGAGGGCAUGGGAAUAUUGACAAGAUAAGAAUUUGGCUAUAGUCCUACAUCCUUCCAAAAAAAUUGGCUUAUUGUUUCAUCCUUCAAUAGUGAUUGGCUGCCAUGUGUAUUGGGCUGAAGAAUCACUCGAUUAUGUAUAUAUUCAAGUCUUUUUUUCCCUCCUUUUCUCAUAAAUGCACUUGGACAUUACUGAGCUUGCAGAUUUCCCAAACAUAGUUUGGGGAUAAAAUGCUUUUUUAUCGUUUUAGGCUUCAUUUUAGCAGUUUAUCAGCAAGGAUGGGCAGCACUGUUAAAUCAUGAUUUUUGCAAACCUUCUGUUUUUGGACAGUUUCUUUUCUUUCUUUUUCCCUCUUUUCUUUUUGGAUUUAGGAUAGAUUACGUAGGCUUCUGCUGUACAUAAAAUAAAGCUAGUACUUUGUCUCCGUAGUUUUAAGGAAUUUAAAAAAAAAAAAGUUUUCUUGUAUUGGAAAUAACAUGAUUGUAUGUUUUGCAUUCCUAGAAGUAGGUUAACUGUGUUUUUAAAUUGUUAUGACUUCACACCUUUUUGAAAAUCUGCCCUACAAAUUUGUUUGGCCUAAACGUCAAAUCCGUGGCAAUUUGUUCCUUGAUGUGAUUGUAUUUCCAAUUUCUUGUUCAUGUAAGAUUUCAAUAAAACUCAAAAACCUAUUCAAAA